UCGUCCUGGUCCUGCUCGGAGAGACACGACGGCAUCAGCAACACGGAUUCCGGGGGAAGCACCAUGCGUCUGCGGCUGAAAGGAGGACCACCGGAGCCUCGCGUUAUUAUGUCCCUUUCUUAUUUUUGAGUUUUCUUUUUUUUUCACCAAAUCUCUGACGCGCAAGGACACUACAGCAUCCAUCCUUACCGGCAGAUACGCUCACAUAGAGCCUCCUCUGUACGCACCAUCCUCCUCCUUCCUCCCUUCCUCCCACUCUCCUCCUCUCUCCUCUCUCCUGUUUCUGUUCUAACCCAGAGGACAUCGGGACCUCUUCUCCCCCCUUUCAACCCGGAGACAUGGAUCUAUGGUUUCACUCGAUCCGGAUUUGCUGGUGGAGGGUUUUGUUCCUGAUGAGUGUUUUCCAGGACUAUCUGAGCUCCAUGCUGGACUGCCCGCCGACCUGCAGCUGCUCUCAAAUAGAGAUCUAUUGCAAUAAGUCCGACAACGGCAGGUUUUUCCCUUUACUGGCCCUGCAAGAAACUGGGAACAAUGGGACCAGUAUUGACAUAGCAGAGUUAUUCAAAAACAUCACCACUAUACACAUAGAGAACUGGACGGGCCUGCAGACUCUGAGAGACGUGGACAUGGAGCUUUACACCGGACUGCAGAGACUAGAACCGUAUUCUCCUUCGCCCUCUCCCCUGAUCCCCUUGAUCCCUCAUCAGGGAGGCCAAGUGCAAUAUCUCCAACCACCGAAUUAG